GGCUGCAGGGAAUGCAGGCCUGCACUUCUUCGGUGUGCUUGCGCCUGACACCCAGGAACUGAGCUGGACUCUCUCACCGAGUCGUCAGGCUGGGCGUGGGGUACAGUGCGGCGUUGAGUCCUAUCCCCGGGGCUUUUGUGUGUAGAUUUCUGAUCAGGAUUGUUGCCAUGAGUCUGCGGAAGCAAACCCCCAGUGACUUCUUAAAGCAAAUCAUUGGACGGCCGGUGGUGGUAAAAUUAAAUUCUGGAGUGGAUUAUCGAGGGGUCCUGGCUUGCCUGGAUGGCUACAUGAAUAUAGCCUUGGAACAGACAGAGGAAUACGUAAAUGGGCAACUGAAGAAUAAGUACGGGGAUGCAUUUAUCCGAGGAAACAAUGUGUUGUACAUAAGUACACAGAAGAGAAGGAUGUGAAGACACCCAAGAAGGCAGUGCUUUUCAAUACUAGAUAUAUUUUUUUAUGAGAUUGUUUGGUUCUUUUGUGAUGUAAAUUGUCCUAUUUCAUAAUAGUUGGUAAUUUUUCACUGACAUGUAAGAAAGAUAAAUGUAUAAAAUUGUGGAUUUAAUUGUAAAGAGUCCUUUGAUAUUUAAGUUUCAGCCAUUUUUUGCCUCUGUGUCAGAGUGCAGAAUGCAAAACCAAUCUUUCUCCCUACACAAUUUUCAACUGAAGUGUCAAGCAGUGUUAUUUGAUUUGAUUGUUUUACUUACUCAACUGACUAAAUGAUGCAUAUGAUUGAAA